ACAUGGAGAACGUAUAGAUCAUGUAGAGCCAAGUUUUGUUUAUACCUCAACAACUCCAUAUGACCCGCCAUUAACCCCAAGAGGAAAACGACAAGCAAAGCAAACCGGAACCUAUAUAUAUACACUUCAACAAGAAAACGUUUCAACAAAAAGGAAUGUAGAAUAUAACAUUACGAUGAGCCCGUUUGCACGUACGACUGAAACAGCUAUUGAUAUUGCAAAAGGAAUACUUGCGUCCAAACCAGAAUCAAAGAUAAAAUUUAGAAUCGAUCCAUCAUUAGCAGAAUGGCAUAAUUCAGCUUAUUAUGCUCAAGCUGUACCAAACAAUAUUAUUGAUAAAAGAUUCGAAGAAUUACGUGAAAUUAUUGAAAAAGAAAAAGAUGAAUAUUCCUUUGAAUUUGAUGAAUCUUAUACACCAGUAUCUAAUCUACUUCCUAAAUAUCCCGAAGGAAUACAUGAAAUAGUUAAAAGAUGUCAAAAAGCUUUAGUAGGAAUUUCUUCUCCAUAUAUUGAAAAAAUUAAGCAAGAAAGAAGAUUAAAAUCUUCUGAAGAUAAUAUUGAAAAGUUAAAUACCGAUGUGGUAUUGAUUAUUGUUACUCAUGGGUUUUGUUUUAAUAUUAUUCAAGAAGCUUGUUCGAAAGUUAACAAUUGGAAGGAUGCUGGUUAUUGUGCAAUAUCCAGAGCUAAGUGGAUACCGAAAGAAGAUGAUGAAGUUCCUGAUAUACAAAUUACCGUUAAAGAGGUUAACAUAGAAACGACAACAAUAAAACAAGAAGGAACAACGACGGUUAAUAAAUGUUUAGAACCAAUCGCGGUGCAACCCAUUGCGGUACCACUGUCACCGGUCAUAGCACAACUUCAACAAACAAACACUUCUCCGCUAAAUAAUAACAGUCUUGUUUCAUAUUCAAAUACGAGCAAUUCAACGUCAACCUCAGUGCAAACUUUUAAAAACAACACCGCUUUAAAGCAAGGUACGACCUUCACCUCUCAUACAGAUUUUGUAGUAGCAGUUCAAGAGUUUUCCAUGAGAAAUGGCUUUACUAUGCGUCUAAAUACUGUAAAGCGUAAUAGAGAAGGAAUUGUUAGAUGGAGAGAAAUAGUUUGUUCACGCUCUGGUACUCCAAGCAGUAAAAAAUCUGGUAUUAAACCGAUACGGAAUCGUCCUUCACAACGUUGUGAUUGUCCUUUUCUAAUUCGUGCUUCCGUUAAUGCAAACACUGGUUUAUGGGAAAUCAUUUCCACAAAUUUAUAUCAUAAUCAUGAAACAAACAACCGCUUCAACAAAUCCGUUAUAACCGCGAAUCCAAUUAACGAAGGAAAAGGUUCUUUUGAUUUUUACGAAAAUGAUUGA